GGUCCAACCAGUUCCAAUCUCAAAGAUCAACAAACAGGCGAUCAAAUUCAUCUGCAGCGGCAUUCCAUAACAUCUCAACAUCCACAAACCCAAAAUCACCCGUCCAAUUUUUGUCUCUCGCUUUUUCCUUUAGUUUUCCUCAAAUUAUAAAUCACAUUUUCAAAAACCCUGGUUGUUUCACCAGAUCGUAAUACAAUUUCACUUCGCUUAUGUAAAUUAACAGAAUAGUUUCACAGAGCAAUGGACGCAGUGUCGAUCCGAGUACCGUACAAGAACCUGAAGAAGGAAGUGGAACUAGUAGCCGCCGAUGAAUCACCGCGGCGGCGCUUUUCAGGGAUCCAUGACUCAUCUUCGCCGCACGGAUUAUCAGGCGGUGGUGUUGUGGAUCAGCAUCAAGCGCCCCCGAAUCAUUGCAGCUUAUUGACGUUGAUCCUCAGUUGUACGGUGGCUGCGGGGGUACAGUUCGGGUGGGCCCUUCAGCUGUCCCUCCUCACUCCUUAUAUUCAGACGCUUGGUAUAGGACAUGAAUUUUCUUCUUUUAUAUGGCUUUGUGGUCCAAUAACAGGCCUUGUGGUUCAACCGUGUGUUGGAAUAUGGAGUGAUAAAUGCUCUUCAAAAUACGGAAGAAGGAGGCCAUUUAUUUUUGUUGGAGCUCUCAUGAUCUCUGUUUCUGUCAUAAUAAUCGGGUAUUCUGCAGACAUUGGUUACUUCCUAGGGGAUACAAAAGAGCAUUGCAGCACUUUUAAAGGUACUCGAACCAGGGCGGCUAUUGUCUUUGUAAUUGGGUUUUGGAUGCUGGAUCUUGCAAACAACACUGUGCAGGGCCCAGCUCGAGCUCUCCUGGCAGAUUUAUCAGGUCCUGAUCAGAGAAAUUCAGCCAAUGCUGUAUUUUGCUCUUGGAUGGCUGUUGGGAACAUUUUAGGAUUUUCUUCUGGGGCUAGUGGAAACUGGCACAGAUGGUUUCCUUUCUUGACAAGUAGAGCUUGUUGUGAACCAUGUGGGAAUCUGAAAGCAGCUUUUUUAGUUGCAGUGGUCUUCCUUUGUCUUUGUACACUUGUGACGCUCUACUUUGCAAAGGAAGUACCCUUGCCGCCAAAACAACCUCACCGAGUUUCAGAUUCUGCUCCGCUCUUGGAUGAUGAUGAGCUAAAUGGAUCUGACCUUCCAAAAUCAAAAACUGAUACAGAAUUAAACCAUUACGCAUUGGAAAUUAAGCCUGAGAGGCAUUAUUCGGUGGAUAAUGGUGAUGGGACUGAAGAAAAAAAGAAUCAGGAAAAUGAUGACGAUGGUUUUACUGACAGCCCUGGGGCCGUUCUGGUAAAUUUGCUAACCAGCUUGCGCCAUUUACCUCCAGCUAUGCAUUCGGUGCUGAUAGUCAUGGCUUUGACUUGGUUGUCCUGGUUUCCCUUUUUUCUCUUUGACACUGAUUGGAUGGGGAGAGAAGUGUUUCACGGUGACCCAAAAGGAGAGGUUGCUGAAGUUGAUGCUUAUAACCAAGGUGUUAGAGAAGGUGCAUUUGGUUUGCUAUUGAAUUCUGUUGUUCUCGGCAUCAGCUCCUUCUUUAUUGAACCCAUGUGCCAAUGGAUGGGAGCUAGACUAGUUUGGGCUAGUAGCAAUUUUAUUGUGUUUGUUUGCAUGGCUGGCACAGCUAUUAUUAGCUUGGUUUCCGUGAGACAAUAUUCUGACGGGAUUCAACAUGUCAUUGGUGCAACUGGAUAUACUAAAAUUGCCUCUUUGGUUGUUUUUGCUCUUCUUGGCCUUCCUCUUGCUAUCACUUAUAGUGUGCCCUUCUCCGUCACUGCUGAGGUGACUGCGGAUUCUGGAGGUGGCCAAGGACUGGCAAUCGGAGUUCUAAAUCUUGCCAUUGUGGUACCUCAGAUGAUCGUCUCCCUUGGUGCCGGUCCAUGGGAUGCUUUAUUUGGAGGUGGCAACAUACCAGCAUUUGUCUUAGCAUCAAUCUGUGCCCUAGCAGCUAGCGUUGUUGCAGUUCAGAGGCUUCCAACUCUUCCAAGCAGUUCCUAUAAAUCAACUGGUUUCCAUUUUGGUUGAUCAAACAUUUCCCCGGCUGAUUCAACUUGCCAAUACUUCCCACAUGGGAUGAAUACCGACUUGUACACAACUACACAACCAGAACUCCGAGCAUGCACAUAUUUGUUCUCUUGGAGAUUCGAGAUUCCACAUAUUCAUUCAUUUUUCUUUACCCGGAGGAAUUAUCUUGUCUAUUUUAUUACAUCCAAAAAGCAUAUAGCCAAACCAAUAGGUCUGUUUUGGGAAAUACGACAAUGCAUAGGUCUGAUAUAGGUUACUGCUGUAAUUUGCGUAUGUGAUCUAGCAAAAGAUGGUUGACAAAUCCAUUUACAUAGUAGGGAUGUAAUAAAAGUUUCAAUCUUGAAUACUGCUUGGUGUUGACAGAUGAAUACUUUUAGGAGAACACAUCCGCAACAAACAACAAAACCAGAACCGUGAUUGAUACAAAUGCCUACUGCAAUUACUUCCAUAGAGUACUCCUGAAUUGCAGGUUGCCAAAUCUCUUGUUCAAGAUAUCCUAUAAGCGGUGUUUGAACAGGCAACUCGAUAGAACUGUUUCUGGUCGAACCGUUACACGCACGUAACUUCAGGCAUCAUUACCAAAUACUACCUUAAGACAUUGUACUAUUUCAAACAACAUUAUUAAGCAUCUUUCCAUGUUUAUUCAUUUGCCAACUUAUGUCUC